CUCGUCGGCGUUUCGAAGUUCAAGCGCGAACGGCUCAGGCUCAGAACCGCGUACUUAAGCAGCUCCGAAGCUUCUCCGAUUCGUUUCCGAAAAUUUGCAUUAGCCAAUAUUUUGGUAUCAAAUAUGAGUGGACGAUUUUCUCGCACAAUCUAUGUCGGCAACCUACCGUCAGAUAUAAGAGAACGGGAGGUUGAAGAUUUAUUCUACAAGUAUGGCCGCAUUUUGGAUAUUGAAUUGAAGAUCCCACCUCGCCCUCCAUGCUAUAGUUUUGUUGAGUUUGAGAGUUCUCGCGAUGCAGAAGAUGCAAUUAGGGGUCGUGAUGGGUAUGACUUUGAUGGUUGUCGUUUAAGGGUUGAGCUUGCCCAUGGUGGUAGCAGGGGCCCACCACCUAGUGAUCGUCGUGGUGGAUAUGGUGGAGGCAGUAGCAGAGGAGGCCGCGGUGGGGGUGGGGGUGGGGGUCGAUUUGGUGUCUCACGUCAUUCUGAAUUCCGAGUUAUUGUUCGUGGGCUCCCGUCUUCUGCUUCAUGGCAAGAUUUGAAGGAUCAUAUGCGAAAAGCUGGUGAUGUGUGUUUUGCUGAGGUUUGCCGUGACAGUGAAGGGACUUAUGGCUUGGUUGAUUAUAACAAUUAUGAUGACAUGAAAUAUGCUGUUCGGGAACUUACUGAUACUGAAUUUAAAAAUCCUUGGGCAAGAUCCUAUAUUCGGGUUAAAGUGUAUGAACGCAGCAGUCCCUCUAGGAGUCGGAGCAGAAGCCGUAGCAGAAGCCGAAGUGUAAGAAGGGAUAGGAGCAAUUCUUUGGGGCGAUCUGUUUCUAGAUCAGUAUCAAGAUCUAGGUCUGCAUCUCCGGUCAAACCUUCCAGGCCAAGAACAAGAUCGAGAUCAAGGUCAGGAUCGCCCCGCCCGGCGCAGUCAGGUAGUGCUUGAUCCUCUUGGCAAGCCAUAUCCUUAUGUAUGGGUUAAGGUGCAGUGAUUCUUAUAUCUCGGCAGACUGGUUGAGAAUGUUAUUUUUGCUUCGAACUUCAUUGUUUCGGAUUAUGGCUGGCUGUGUGGCUUUUAUUAGUCCAGAAAAGAAUGAUAAUGCUAGUGAUUUUAGUGUGAACUUGUAUGGGUAAAUUUUGUUUUUGUGUGGACGUGUUUGAGUAUCUACUUGAAUCAACAAGUGCUAUUGG